AUGAGCAAAGGGUUGACGAAACUGCUAGAAAUUAGCAUAUUUAUUGGGGGGUUUUUGCUAAUUUGGUACUGCACAGGGGAGAAAAUGUUUCGAAGGAGAAAAGAAAUAGUGAAGGAAAACAUCUUACUAAUAUUAAGACAUUUAUGCUUAGAAAUAUAUAAAGUAUUAAAUGAAACGUCUAAAACUACAAAAAGUGUGUAUGAUAUGAUAAAGAAUGAACCGAACACUGUUAUAGAAUUAAAUAAGCUGGAAGAAGUUCUACUUAAUAAUGGGUAUAAAGAGAAAAUUGAAGAAGCGGAAAAAGAAGUAUUAAAAAAAUUUCAAGUAAGUGUGGAAGACUUUUAUGAAGAAUUAAAAAAUUAUGAAAAAGAUGAACAAGUACAGAAAUAUUUAAAUUCGAUUAAGAAAAUGUAUAACGAAGCCUUGUUAGGAAUACAACCAAAGUUACCCUCUAUUGACGAAAAUAUUUCACAAGAUGUAAUAAUUAACUUAACUAGUUUAAUUUAUAAAGAAAAAAGAAAAAUAUACAAAGCAAAAAUAGAUUCUAUGAUUAAAAAUAAUCAAGACUUUAAUUUAAAUACCACAUUUUCAAAUUCUGAAUUUUUUAACAAAUUACAAAAGUCAACAGAACACGUGGAAGAAAAAGUUAUCAAAGAAAAUAGUAACUUAGUUCCAAAUUUAUUUACUUUUAAAUAUCUAGUCAACUACUACUCGGAUGAUAUAAAUUUUAUACAAAAAAAAAAAUACUUAGAAUCCAAACAUGGAGAAAAAAUGAUCAAAAUUCUAAAGGUUAAAAAAAAUAAAAAAAAAAAAAAAACCACAAAAGAUGAUGAUUUCAGUAACAAUGCCUUUAAAAGAACACCCAGUAAAAAUUCAUUAACAGAAGAUAAUACCAGUUCUGAUAGAAACUGUUUUAUAGCUACUCCUACGAAGCAGGAUGUUACUGACAAUAAUGAUGUAUACGCUGUUAGCAGCGAUAUAAGUGCUGAUAAUAAUGAAAACAUCAUGCAUUCUUACCUUGAACACAUGCCAUCAUUGCAUCAUCCAGAAGACCAUUUUAUGCAGAACGUGGAUCAAAAUCAAUUCGAACAUGAUCCACAAGAAGUAGAACCCAUAAUCAUCCAUUUUCAACAAAAUGCACAAAGUGCAAAAAAGGUAGCUAUAGCAUCCCAUUCGGGUGAUGAAGAGAAUCUAGAAAGUUUCUAUUCUUCUUCUAAAGUGGAAAAUAAAAAAAAUCCGAAUGACGAAUCAUUAUUUCAUAAUGUUCAAAAAGAUCUUAAUGUCAACAAUAUAAAAUUUGAAAACAAUUUAGAACAGCUAGAUACUGAAUAUGGAGAGGAUGAUGAAGCAAAAACAGACAAGGAACAAAAAAAUGAUAACUCACAGCAAAUAACGUUCCAAGAUUGGGAAAAAACACAAGAUAUUUGUAAUAACCGGUUCUAUGAGAAGGAUAUUGAGAAUGUGCAAAUUGACCAAGCGCAGCAUCUGACAAAUCACAGUGAAAUAAAAAAAAUAAAUAACAACCAAGAGACUAAGUAUGAUGCUGAAAAUGAUGGGGGCUGCGACAUGAAUGAAGAAAUUCCUGAGAAUGAACCCAAUUCCAUUCCAAAUGAACAAUCAGAUGAAGGAAGACAUGUAAAGAUUCCUCCUCCACAGCAACACGAUAUUACAAUUCCUUCAGACCUUUCCGAUGAGAAAAGCAGGGAAACGGAAGAAGUGCCUGAGGAGGUAAAAAGUGGAGAAGCGUUAGAGGAGGUAAAAAGUGGAGAAGCGUUAGAGGAGGUAAAAAGUGGAGAAGCGUUAGAGGAGGUAAAAAGUGGAGAAGCGUUAGAGGAGGUAAAAAGUGGAGAAGCGUUAGAGGAGGUAAAAAGUGGAGAAGCGUUAGAGGAGGUAAAAAGUGGAGAAGCGUUAGAGGAGGUAAAAAGUGGAGAAGCGUUAGAGGAGGUAAAAACUGGAGACGUGUCUGAGGAGAUAAAAACUGGAGACGUGUCUGAGGAGAUAAAAACUGGAGACGUGUUUGAGGAGGUAAAAAGUGGAGAAGUGUUAGAGGAGAUAAAAACUGGAGACGUGUCUGAGGAGAUAAAAACUGGAGACGUGUCUGAGGAGGUAAAAAGUGGAGAAGUGUUAGAGGAGGUAAAAAGUGGAGAAAUGUUAGAGGUAAAAUGUGAAGUGUCUGAGGAGAUAAAAACUGGAGACGUGUCUGAGGAGGUAAAAAGUGGAGAAGUGUUAGAGGAGAUAAAAACUGGAGACGUGUCUGAGGAGAUAAAAACUGGAGACGUGUCUGAGGAGAUAAAAACUGGAGAUGUGUCUGAGGAGGUAAAAAGUGGAGAAGUGUUAAAGGUAAAAAAGGAAGAGUUAAAGGAGGAACCGCUAAAGGAGGAUCCUACAGAAGGCAACAAACAUUUGGCAAUGAAACAUACGUCAAAAAAAAAAAAGAGCGGACAUAAAGACUCCAAAAAGAAAAAAAAGAAAAAAAAAAAAAAGAGCGGAAAAAAAAACUCCAAAAAAAAAAAAAAAAUUUUUGAAAAAAAAAAAAAAAAAAAAAAAAAAAAAUAG